AAGAUCAACUUUCCUGAACCGUUCAACUCUUCCAACCCCGGCUUUUUACAUCUGGAUCGCUGGUGGUCCAGUUCGGUUUUCGAUCCAAUUUGCCGGUCGGUUUGAUUUUUGAAACCAUGCCCAAAAACUUUGCGCGUAAGGGAUGAUGACUUUUUGGUCUAUUUAGUACUGACUGCAGCAGAGAGAAAAUAGAAUAGAAAAUACACGUGGAUUCCGCUUUCCGCUUGUAUGCUUCUUAAAAAGGUAUUUAAUUGGCUGAAAUAUCAUGUGCCUUUCCCACAAACGACAAACGCAUGAUCCAUAUAACUAGAUGAUGAUCAAGACAAGAAGGCAAAGCCAUUGGUUUUAUGCUGGGCCUCUCUUAACGAUGGAGAGAUUAGCAGUGACAGUUCUGCUCAUCCGCUUAUUUAGUUUUCUGCUAGACUGUGGGAUUCAGAUUGAAGCGUCUUCGCACAGCAUUGAUUCAAUCUCAGAAACACAGCCGUACCGAACUUCUUAUCACUUUCAGCCCUCCCGUAAUUGGAUGAAUGAUCCAAAUGGUAAGCUAUUAUGAAAGCGAACCUUCGUUGAAAUUGAAAUGUAACAUUAUCUGUUCCUUUUGAAGCUGCCCUUGUCUUGAGUCAACUUGAAAUAUCAUUAAUUUCAAUGAGAUGAGAUCCAAACCAAUGAUCUAAUGACGAUGGAGAAUGUGAAUUCUGUGGCAGGACCAAUGUACUAUAGAGUGUAUCACUUAUUCUACCAAUACAACCCUUAUGCAGCAACGUUUGGGGAUAGAAUGGUAUGGGCACAUUCUGUAUCAUAUGAUCUCAUCAAUUGGAUUCAUUUGAGCAACGCUAUUGAACCCAGCCAGCCAUCUGACAUUAAUAGCUGCUGGUCUGGUUCGGCGGCCACGAUUUUCUCAGGAAAACUCUUGAUUUUGUACACCGGGAUUGAUGCUAAUAAACAUCAAGUUCAGAACUUGGCCACUCCAAAGAAUCUAUCAGACCCUUUCUUGAGGGAGUGGAUCAAAUAUCCUCGUAACCCAGUCAUGACUCCACCCAGUGGAGUUGAACUGGAAUUCAGAGACCCAUCCACUGCUUGGCUGGGAAAGGAUGGAAAAUGGAGAGUAAUAGUUGGUGCUCAGAAUGGUGAUGAAGGGAAGGUGAUUCUGGCCCAAACUGAGGAUUUUGUUAAUUGGACUGUAGAUGCUAAUCCCUUCUAUGCGUCUGAUAAUACUGGAGUAGUUGAAUGCCCAGAUUUCUUUCCAGUUGUGAUCAAUAGCACUAAUGGGGUCGACACAUCUUCAGAAAAUCCCAAUGUGAGGCACAUAUUGAAGAUAGGCUACUUACGUAAUCCACAUGACUUCUAUUUUAUAGGUAAAUAUCUCUCAGAUCAGAACAGCUUCAUUCCUGAUACCAAGUUUACUGGAACUAGCUUGGACUUGAGGUACGAUUAUGGUAAAUUCUAUGCUUCGAAGACAUUUUUUGACCAUGCCAAGAACAGGAGGGUCCUCUGGGGAUGGGUGAAUGAGUCAGACACCUCACAAGAUGAUAUAAACAAAGGAUGGGCUGGUCUCCAGUCCAUUCCCAGGCAAGUCUGGCUUGAUAAAAGUAGGAAGCGAUUGAUACAGUGGCCGAUUGAAGACGUAGAGAAACUACGUAAGGAGCAAGUUAGUAUUAUUGGAGAGAAACUCGUGAGCAAAUCAAUUCUUGAAGUUUCAGGAAUCACUGCCUCACAGGUGGAUGUAGAGGUGCUGUUUGAGCUACCUGAACUAGAAAAUGCAGAGAGGAUACAUCCCGCAGAGGUUGAUCCCCAAGUACUGUGCAGUGAAGAAUCUGCAUCCCAGAGUGGAAUCAUAGGACCAUUCGGUUUAUCAGCAUUGGCUUCAGAGGACCAGGCAGAGCAAACUGCAAUCUUCUUCAAAGUAUAUAAAGCUCCCAACAGAUAUAUAGGUCUCAUGUGCAGUGAUCAAAGCAGGUCUUCUAUGCGGAAGGACCUCGAUAAAACAACAUAUGGAUCGUUCUUUGACUUUGAUGAUAAGAUCAGAACCAUUUCACUUAGAAGCCUGAUUGACCACUCCAUUAUCGAGAAUUUUGGAGAAGGAGGAAGGGUUUGUAUUACCUCCAGAGUAUACCCGUCCUUGGCAAUAGAUGAUGAUGCUCAUCUUUAUGUUUUCAACAACGGAACUCAGGGUGUAAGAGUUUCAAAGUUGACUGCCUGGAGCAUGAACAAAGCAGAGAUCGGUCAUGAACACACUAUAAGCUGCCUUUAGAAAUCAAUGAUUUUUUUUUUUUUAAUGGCAUCUUCACGAUUGUUGUAUGAAGGAAAUAAAUGUUAUUUGUCGAUGUAUAUUAAUGCAUUUUAUUUAAAAUUAAAUUAUAAGGAGAUGAUGUUUCUUCAUCUUAGUGAUGUCUUUAUCCUAUUUAUGCUACUUAGCCAUCCUGCUGCCACAAGAAUGGCUUUUUUCUA